CGAGGAAAGUUGCAGGCAGCCGAUAUCGGAUAUCGCGAGUAGAUCACCGGUUCAACCACAUUUCCCCUUUUGUCUGUCUUCCACUGUCACCGCUUUUAUUUUCUGUUUCUAUUCCAUUUCUUUUUACUGUAUUCUAUCUCUAUAACAUCUCUCUACUCUCCUACUUCUCUUCUCUCUGAUCUCUUCUCUUCAGCCAGGUCAUCUGCAGACUGGUCAUCUGCCUGCGGGGAACAAGCUCAGGUGCGGUGCACAUACAGCACUCCAGAAGUGUCUGCGGCGUAGAUCACCACCGCAGUCCCCCACAUUUCGUCAAAGCCGUUUACAUCAUCGCCUGUCUUCGCUAUAAGACCAUCACCUCUCCUCCUCCCCUCCUCCUCCUCCUCCUCCAUACUCUCUCAAUAUACACGAUGCUCUCCUCUCUGCGCUUCUCCUCCUCCAAAAGAGCCUUCUCUUCCUGCAGAUCUCUCCUCAACAACAGCAACCAGCAGCCUCCUGGCCGUGUGCCCUCUCUCGGCAACGUCCCUCCCUCCUAUAAAGGCCACUACUUUGACGGAACCCCGCAGCCAACCGAGCCUCUUCCCUCUUCUACUUCCUCUUCCCCCGAUGCCGUUGACUCUGCUGAUGCAGCCUCUGCCGGAGCAAAGAAGAGCUCUGGGCUGAUCAAGAGCUUCCUGUUUGGCAGCGAGGAGAGCAAGCGCGAGAUCGAGACCCUCGAGAAGAGCUACUCCAGCCAGCUCAUGCGGGGCAAAUAUGUCCAUGAGAUUACCUAUCAUCAGGUUCGUCCUGAGUCGAGUCCCGAAUACGUCAAGCUCAUAUCUGAGGUGUACCCCGCCAUCGCCGCUGAUCCCGAGAAUAAAGUCAAGCUGGUCGGCAGCUGGCGUACUGUCGUCGGCGAUCUCGACACUUUUGUCUCGAUCUGGGAGUACAACGGCUACGCUGGCUUUCAUGAAACCAACUUUCGUACCCACCAUGAUCCCAAAUUUGUCGACUAUCUGGCACGACUACGUCCUCUCCUCCGCUCGCGCUCAAACAAACUAGUCCAAGAGUUCUCCUUCUGGGGCGGCACCGCAGCCCCCCGCUCUCUCGGCGGCGUCUUUGAACUACGCACGUAUGAACUCCAACCCGGCCGUCUUCUAGAAUGGGAAACCUCCUGGCGCAAAGGCCUCGAGUGCCGUCGUCAGGUGAUGGAGCCUGUCGGCGCGUGGUUCAGUCAGCUUGGCGAGUUGAACACUGUUCAUCACCUGUGGCAGUUUGCGGAUCUGGAGCAUAGAAAGUUGAGUAGAGAAAAGUGCUGGGAGUUGCCUGGGUGGGCGGAUACGGUGCAUGAUACCGUCAAGCUUAUUAAUCGGAUGGAGGCGAACAUUCUUGUUCCUUUACCUUUUAGUCCUUUGAAGUAGGAAGUUCCUCUUUUAGUCCUGAAGUAGUAUGAAGUUACACACUCUAUGUGUAGUAUAUACAUUCUGCAACAUUAGAUCGUCUUUGAAGUAGUAUGUUUAGUUAGUAUAUACAAUCUGCAACA